UCAGCCAUAAGCACAAGCUCAGCCUCUCGUGUUCAUCCGGUCGUAUGCGCGCGCAUGCGCACUUUAAAAGAGGGCGUGGUGGGGAGAGGUAGCCGUCGUCUUCGAUCGGAGAAGGGAAUGGCUGAAGCGCACUUACCGUCAAAAGAGGAGGCCAGAUUUUCAGGCCUCACUAAUCUGCGGAACAGAAUCUUUAUCAUGAGGCAUGGGCAAAGCGAGGCGAAUGCCCGAGGCCUGAUCGUAUGUUCUCCGGAUGUCGGGUGUUCCAGCUACGGCCUCACGGACUUGGGCAGAUCUCAGGUCCUGGAGAUCUUUAUUCUACCAUCUUCCACAAUCUCGUAGAUUUCAUGGGUGUUUUCAAUACUCGGACAUAAUGGUUGCAAGACUCUGCAGUCACUCCUACAGUCUUCCUCCCCGCCUCUCUCUCCAGACAUCGACAUCGUAAUCGUCAGUUCAGAUUUCAAGAGGGCAUCGGAAACUGCACAAAUUGUGAAGAACCGUUUCAAGAUUGCAUCGGACAUAAUCUUAGAACCGGCACUGAGGGAACGGGAUUUCGGUCAGCUAAACUUGACCAGCGAUGCAAACUACCAGAAAGUUUGGGACGUUGACAGCCGAGAUCCGCAACACACAGAAUGUGGCUGUGAGAGUGUUGCCAGCGUAGUUCUGAGAACAUCCAGACUUUUACAGCGACUCGACCUCGAGUAUAAAGACAAGGCAAUCCUCUUGGUCUCGCAUGGCGACACUCUGCAAAUCCUGUCAACACUGUUUCUGGGGAUUCCUCCAAAUGAUCACAAAACUCUCCCCAACUUAU